AUGGCGCGUGUAGCUGCUGGAUCUAUUAUAGUAUCAGACUGGCAUCGGACUUCUGAAAGCCGAGAAUUCUUUAACAAGAUCCUGCAGAAGAAAAAACGCCGUAAAUUCGGUUUUUUGGAUGCCCCAGUGAUGCCCCCUCAUCUGAAAGUAGACACAGUUCGCUAUAAAGUUCUGCUCUCAGGUAAAAGCGGAGUGGGGAAAACGACUUUGGCUGCCCGUCUUGCUGGACUAGACAUGCCCAGCAUGCACUAUGAAACUACAGGUAUUGAGACGAGCGUGGUGUGGUGGCCUGUAAAGCUAAGAGAAAGUGGACGCAAGCUUUUCUUUCAGUUCCAGCUCUGGGAUUGCGGCGAGAGCGCCAUGCACAGAUUUGACCACAUGCUGCCGUCCUGUAAGGAACAGGUGGAUGCUAUUCUCUUCCUGUUUUCCUUUACUGAUAGCAACUCUUUUGAGGACAUCUCCAAUCACAUGUCUCGGAUCACAGAGCCCUCCGAAAGCCUGGUCAGACUGGUGGUUGGCACCAAGUUUGAUUUGUUUAUGCACACAGAUGUGACAGAAAGUGAGAUCACACGCUUUCAGGAGGAACAGGGGAUACCAGUUUUCCGGGUGGGAGGGGACGUGAGUGGAGGAUUUGGGGAAGUUGCACCCCUUUUAAAUGCCUUGGCAGAAAACCUGUGGCACCAGGACUGUAUUCGAGUUUCUUCCAUCACGGUACCGUCUUUUCCAGAAGAUGCAGACGUGGAGAUCAUUGUUUAGUCUUGCAGAUUUAUGGCAUUUAGUCAUGCUGUGUAUAGGUCAUGUUUAUAUAUUUUGUGUAAGAUACUGAUUGUUGAAAAUGCAAGACAGUUUAUUUUACCCUCUUCCUGCAGUGGUAGAAUUAUUAAGUUUCUUAGAUUUUAUUUUAGAUCCU